AUGUUGGGGCUGUUGGGCCGCGCUGCCGCUGCAUCGGCCUCGGGCGCCCUUCGGGGCCUCGGCGCUUCGGCGCCGGUGCCCCAGGCUCAGACCUUGCUACGAGCGGCCCCGGCCGCGCUCCAGUCGUCCCGGGACUAUGCGGCCAUGACAUCCCCCGCCGCCAAGAGCGGGGCGGCCAGCGGGCGCAUCGUGGCUGUCAUCGGGGCCGUGGUGGAUGUGCAGUUCGACGAGGGCCUUCCUCCCAUCCUCAAUGCCCUGGAGGUGCAGGACAGGGACACCAGGCUGGUUCUGGAGGUGGCCCAGCAUCUGGGUGAGAGCACAGUCCGGACCAUUGCUAUGGAUGGUACUGAAGGAUUAGUGAGAGGUCAGAAGGUCCUGGAUUCUGGUGCCCCUAUCAAAAUCCCUGUGGGACCUGAGACGUUGGGAAGAAUUAUGAAUGUGAUUGGAGAGCCUAUUGAUGAAAGGGGUCCAAUCAAAACCAAACAGUUUGCUGCUAUUCAUGCUGAGGCUCCUGAGUUCGUAGAAAUGAGUGUGGAGCAAGAAAUCCUGGUCACUGGCAUCAAAGUUGUGGAUCUUUUGGCUCCCUAUGCCAAGGGUGGCAAAAUUGGUCUGUUUGGUGGUGCUGGUGUGGGAAAAACUGUAUUGAUUAUGGAGCUAAUCAACAAUGUUGCCAAGGCUCAUGGUGGUUAUUCUGUAUUUGCUGGUGUUGGUGAAAGAACCCGAGAAGGCAAUGAUUUGUACCACGAGAUGAUUGAGUCUGGUGUCAUCAAUCUGAAGGAUACCACUUCCAAGGUAGCGUUGGUAUAUGGUCAAAUGAAUGAACCACCUGGUGCUCGGGCUCGAGUAGCCUUGACCGGCCUUACUGUGGCUGAGUACUUCAGAGACCAAGAGGGUCAAGAUGUACUGCUUUUCAUUGAUAAUAUCUUCCGAUUCACUCAGGCUGGCUCAGAGGUGUCUGCUUUACUAGGCAGAAUCCCCUCUGCUGUUGGGUACCAGCCCACAUUGGCCACUGAUAUGGGUACCAUGCAGGAAAGAAUUACCACAACUAAGAAGGGUUCUAUCACCUCUGUGCAAGCUAUCUAUGUGCCUGCUGAUGACUUGACUGAUCCAGCUCCUGCCACCACCUUUGCUCACUUGGAUGCUACCACUGUGCUAUCCCGGGCCAUUGCUGAGCUGGGCAUUUACCCUGCAGUGGAUCCUCUGGACUCCACCUCACGAAUCAUGGAUCCCAACAUUGUUGGCAAUGAGCACUAUGAUGUUGCCCGAGGUGUGCAAAAGAUUCUGCAGGAUUAUAAAUCCCUUCAGGACAUCAUUGCUAUCCUUGGUAUGGAUGAGUUAUCUGAAGAAGACAAGUUGACAGUGUCUCGGGCCCGAAAAAUCCAGCGAUUCUUGUCACAGCCAUUCCAGGUUGCUGAGGUAUUCACAGGACAUAUGGGGAAGUUGGUGCCCCUGAAAGAAACCAUUAAGGGAUUCCAACAGAUCUUGGCAGGUCAGUAUGACCAUCUUCCAGAGCAGGCCUUCUAUAUGGUAGGACCCAUUGAAGAGGCUGUGACGAAAGCUGAAAAACUGGCUGAAGAGCACUCGUGAGGAGACAGCUUCAUCUGCCACACACAUCCUUCAAUUUCAGUUGUUUGAGCAAACUACACAAAGAACUUUCAUUGGAAAAGCUGUGUUAAUGUCUGAAGACUGUUUGAACUUUUGAAUAAAAUGUACAUCUCAACAGCCCAUUUUAUGUGUCUGGGGAAAAUCUAAAAGGGUAGAAUGGAUAUUAGAAAUGUAUGAGACAAGUUGAUUAUCACGUUCGUUUUUCCGAUUUCCAUAUCCUUACUCUUAAGGCAAAGUAUCAAAACAAGGUUUUCAGUGCACAGUGUCCAUAAACAAAAGCAUUAAAGUAAGGUGGGUCACUGA